UUGCUGCUUGGGGAGUUUGUAAUACGUUGCAUCCAACAGAUGAGCUACGUGUUUUCUCGCGAAAUCAUAUUUUCAGUUUGGUCCUGUUAUUGACAAAAUUGAGAUGGGUGGUACGAUGGAACCGCUACGACCAGCUAGUACAGAAGAAAUAAAACAACUCAUUGAAAACUACCAGGAAAAGAUUCCAGAGCAUGUUCAGUUUGUGUUAAUAUUGCAAAACAUUUUGCGAAUAAACAAAACAAUUCCUGAGCAUAUUCGCGAAGAACUAUCGCAUAGAGUACAAAAGACGAUUUACAUUCCAACAGGAGGAAAUUUCAACCAAAGUGCCACGUUUGUGGCCAUCAGUCGUGAGGAGGAUUUAUACAUCAUGGCUCAUUCACUAGAAUCGCCUCCCUAUGAGCUAUGUAACGCAAUUCGAACAACUAAAUAUAUUAAGUGGAAUCUGAAACCUGUCUUUGUCAUUGGUGGUGCAAAAGAACUUCAAACCGAAAUUCACCACAAGGCAUUCGAGUUUAAACAUAAAGUACAUACAUCUGAUUUCAUUAAUUACUGGAUUCCGCCAAAUGAAGCCUCUAAGCUCGAAGUUGUUGUUCCAAACGAGGUACAGCUAAAACCAUUAGAAAAAAUGCAUGGAAAACAAAUCAACGAUUGGUGGCCCUAUCGUUACAAAACAUCGCAAAGCUAUAUUGAAUCGGCAAUUCAAUAUAAUGGAAGUCUCGGUUUAUUCGACAAAGUAUCGGGAAAUCUCGUGGCUUGUGUAUUUAAAAAUGAUCUCGAUGGUAUCGCUCACCUGUACACAGUUCCACAUUGUAGCAAUAGAGGCUAUGGUAGUACGUUAGUCAAAGCAAUGACACAUCUGAUAGCACAUGACCAUAAACAGCAUGUGCAAACAUUCAUUAGCUCAAAUAAUGAAAAGUCAAUCCGAAUAUUUGAAAAACUUGGAUUCCUACCAGUCAACAACAUACAAUGGUUAGUCAUGGAUUAAAUUGAACUCACAAACAUCGACAAAAUUGCGUAUCUUUCAGAUGCAAAACUAUAUAAUUACACUUUACUGCAUUAUCUACCUACAAUACGAUACCUAUAUGCGUAUGCCCAUAUUUAGAACACCACUCAUCUUAUCAAGGCGAGCUUUACUGUUUUGACAUCAACUUAAGCUAAUUUACAUUUCACAUGUGAAUUCAAUACAAAAUAAAAUCAAGUGCUAUCAACAUACUCUAAUAUCAAGAAAAACGAGGAUUGUACAGACACUGGCUUUAAGAGGAGAACAAAAGGUCUUCUAUUAUAUUUCAUGUCCAACCUCAUAGUUCCAACUCAAUUAUAAUUUAGCCAAAUAUGGGACCUUUCACGAUGCUAGCCAGCUUUUUAUAUGGAGAUUGACAUUUUGCGGCUGAAAUUAGUUGUUGACAACUCCAUACAAAACCACACACAAAACUAGCCUACGAUUUUCAGCCUAGAUUAUUUCAGCCUCAAAGUUAGAAUCAGAUUUGAGUACCAGCUUGAAAAAAUGUAAAUACAAGGUUGUUUUUUUCUUCAUCCCAAGGUGUAUUAAAGAGAUCAGGAGGUAGAAUUUAGAAUCAAAGUGUAUGUAGACCAGGUGGUCCCGUCCCAUAUAGCUUGACAACUAAUUUCUGAAUAAAAAAAAAAGUUCUAUUUGACAGAAAGGAUAGGAUUCCAUAGGAUUUGAACGUUUGCCAUAGCAGCACCUACGUAAUAGACAUUAGUUACUAAUCGAAGAUGUUGUAUUGAAUCAAAAACGGAUGUUACAUCAUUCAUAUUUAAUUUAGCUUACAAAUCGCAGUCUUUCACGUGUUUGAAGUGCUUUUACUAAAGAGAACGUAGAUUUUAAAAGUGUUUUGUACGUCAAGUUACCGGUUUUGUCAAAAAGUGGCCUUCUAAUUUUGUUUUAAAAAACAGGCUAUGAGACCACCGUGUAGGAACGUUGAAAAUUUGUAUGCAGAGUUUGACAAUUGUCUCCCACAAUAUCACCCAGCAGAAGCAGUAAAAAUCAACCUUCUAAAUACAUACACUUUUUGAUAAGUCCACUUGAAUAUUAUACCCAGUUUUAUAGCUGCUCGAAUACUGCUAUACAAUACAAAGAUCUGAUAGACUGCAACUUCAGCCUACGGUCUUAAAAGGGAAAAGUGCCCUAAGAUGGAAUCCAAUAAUUUUUAUUUGUUUUAAAGUGGUCAUUAACAAAGUAAUUCGUAGAAACGAAAAAUAAUCUAUGUCUCACGAAUAACUCCUUUGCAUUUGUUUUUUAUCUCUUUAAAAAUGGUAAGUAGUCACAUAACUUGGUUCGGAUAUUUAAAAAAUUAAAUCUGAAAUUUUAUUGAUCUUUUAGCUCCACCCAAUGCAUUACACACUUUCAGAUUUUCGAAUGGUGCCUGUGCAUUAUCAUGUUCAAGCGACAGUGAAAUACUUGAUGGUUCAUUUAUUUUAUACAGCUGCCCUGAUUAUCUUAUCACAAAUAAUACCAAAUAUUAACCUUCACCUCUUAUAAUAUCUUAUCUCGCGAUCAUGUACCUGGACUAAGCAUGUCAUCCAUGGUUUUUUUGUGUAGCUAAUUGUGUGUAAAAGUAGAUAAUAAUUAAACGUGUAUCGAUGCUUUGUGCGCCGAAUAAAGAAGAUUGGUGUUGUGAACAGGAA